AUGGCCAUGGGGAGGAUCAUAUUCUAUGAGGACCGGAACUUCCAGGGUCGCUCCUAUGAGACCAGCAGCGACUGCCCCGAGCUCACCUCCUACCUGAGCAGGUGCAACUCCUGCAGGGUGGAGAGCGGCCUCUUCAUGGUCUAUGAGAAGCCCAACUUCAUGGGCCAUCAGAUGCUGGUGAGGAGGGGCGAGUAUCCAGACAACCAGCGCCUGAUGGGAAUGAGUAUGAGCGACUGCAUCAGAUCCUGUCGCCUGAUCCCCAUGCACAGGGGACCCUUCCGAAUGAGGAUCUAUGAGAGGGAGAACUUCGGAGGCCAGAUGCACGAGCUGAUGGACGACUGUGACAACAUGAUGGAUCGUUUCCACAUGUCUGACUGCCAGUCCUGCAACGUGAUGGAUGGCCACUGGCUGAUGUUCGAGCAGCCCAGCUACCGGGGCAGGAUGCUCUACCUGAGGCCAGGAGAGUACAGGAACCUCAGAGAGACGGGGAUGAGCAACAUGACGAGGUUCAGCUCCAUCAGACGCAUCAUGGACUCCUGUUAAACUCUGAAUCUACCGUGUGAAAAAUAAAGCAAGCUGAAAUCAAAUGUUUCUGAUGCCUGCAUGUCAUUUUAGUGCAAAAUAACAA